CUGUCCAAAUAUGAGCCCGCGUUUUUCUUCGUUCAAGAGAAAAUGACGAUUCUUGUUCUUACCACCGAAACCUGGGGAUUCAUCUUCAGCGAUUGAACCAACCCUCCCGGCAAACCCUAACGCUACAAUCUGAACCUUUCACUUCGAGAAAUUUUCUUCCUCUUCUUUUCCUGCAUUUUUUUUUUUGCUAGUUCCCUCCCCUUCCUUCAUCGCCAACUUCGCUCGAAUUUCUAUUUUCUCAAACAACGCUCAUCUCAUUCACUUCAUGGCGAGUGAUUCUGGCCCAAAACCUCUCCCUGCUUCGUCUUCAACUGCAGGGGAAUCUUACAUUGGGAGCUUUAUCAGUCUGAUUUCCAAGUACGAGAUUCGUUACGAAGGCGUUUUGUAUCACCUCGACGUCCGGGAUUCCACCAUUGGCUUGAAGAGCGUCAGAUCUUAUGGGACGGAGGGGAGAAGAAAAGAUGGUCCACAAGUUCCUCCAACUGACAAGGUUUAUGAAUACAUUCUUUUUCGAGGGAGUGACAUUAAGGAUUUGCAGGUCAAGUCCCCCUCUACAUCUAUCAAAGAAGAACAGAUGUUAAGUGAUCCAGCUAUUAUCCAGUCACAAUAUUCUGAAGUGCCUUCAAAUUCUCCUGUAACUUUAAUGGGUGGGAGAAGUUUGACAGAAUCAAUUCAAAGGCAAGAUACUCCUGUUAUGACUGGUAGAGACAUUACUCUUCCUGCCGGGUUGCCUUCCCAUCAAUCUGCAACGUUGACAGCCCCAUCAGGUCAAUCUGCUGUUACUCGCGUCUCUGAUGCUCCUUCUUCCUCUACAACAAUGUAUUGGCCAGAAUAUAGUGGAAUAUCAGGAAGUAGCUCUCAUUCUCUGCUGCAGUCUGGUCCUUUUCAGUCCCCUUCACGAGUGACACCUUUAAAUACUCAGAGCUGGGUCCAAACUACUGAAAGUCAGUUACCUUCUUCAAAAUUGGGCUGGACUACUUUACCAGAGCAUGGUGAACCUGUCUCAUCUAUUGCUGCUUCAUCUCUUGUAAAUCCAUUUUAUGAACCUUCAUCUUCCUCUUCACAAACUUUUGAUUCUCUAGAUGCUCCGUCUCUUUUGUCUUCUAAGGCACCGUUGCCCUAUCAUUCUUCUGUAGCUGAACCUAACAUACCUUCAUUAUCUUCACCGUUUCAAGGUAUAAAUUCUGUCAAUGAUCAAUUUUCCAGCAAAACUUAUCCUUACAUGGGAUCAAUGUUUCCUGAACAAUCUGCCCAUCAUUCUGUUUCCUUGUCGAUUGAUUCUACUUCAGGCUCCUUGCCAGGACCUCAUUCUUUUUCAACUCCAGACCAGUUUGCUCAUUCUAGAGAGAAUUUUGUUCCUUUAGUGCAGAAUCAGAUCCCUGAUCAGAAUCAUAUGGUUUCUCUGGCACCAACAUCCCCUCGCCCCUCUUUUUUAGUACCUCCUCCAGGAUUUCAAGCACCAUUGUUGCCUUUACCUCCAUUGCCAACUUCAGUGCACAAGCCUCAGUACUCAACUUCACGGUUCAGUGAAGAGUUUGAUUUUGAGGCCAUGAACGAAAAGUUCAAAAAGGAUGAAGUAUGGGGUUCUCUUGGGAGGGCAUCUAAGACAAUAGAAGGAUUGGAGGAUAAUGCUCCGACUGACAGUUUGGGUGACAGAGAGUGUCGUGGGUUUCAAACUAACCCAAACCCUAAGCCUGCGUAUAAGAAAGACGACUUCUUUGACACAAUUUCAUGUAACUCUCUCACUCGUGGAUCAAGGAAUGGACAGAAUCGCCUAUCCGAGAGAAUGAAACUGGAUUCUGAGACGUUUGGCAAUUUUCAUCGGAGUCCUCCGAUGGGUUAUGGUGCCUAUGUUACUGGACGCAAUGAAUAUUACCAGAACUCAUACAAUAUUGGAAGGGGUUAUAACCAUGGUGGAAGAGGGCGUGGCAGGAAUAUGCCUUUCUAUUAGCAGCCAUAUUCUCUAUUUCCUUAAGACCCAUUGGUCUUUCCUUCCAUCUGCUACUGGUUUCUCCCUUGUCUUCCUUAAGAUCUCUGGCUUUGUUUGGAAUUACGGGUUUCAAGACAAAAUGACUUUAACACGUGUCUUGUGACUCCUUUUCCCAUGGUGAGGUGCUAGAAUAUCAAACUUGAAGAAUGCAGCCAGCUUCAUGUCUUUUGGCCCAUGACUGGCGUUUCAGCUUUACUUUUGUCUUUUGAUCUUUUUUUGUCUAUAUAACAAACAGUAGCUGAUAAAGCCAUAUAAUGAAAUACCAGAUACGUUUUCUCAGUAUUCUUAUUUCUUUUCUUUCCAUUCUGCCUCCUAAUUUUCUCUGCCGGUUCAUCCGGUCUGGAAUCUUUGUCCUCGUAUGCAUGCUAAUUCGUUUGUUAUUGCUCAGUUUCGGCGUGAUUGUUGCAAUGACUAUGCGAAUGGAUUGACUCAAUGUUCAUCAUCUCUGACAUCUAAAAGCCUGGUUUGAAAUAUACAGUAUUGGGUACGAAUUGCUUGAUUUAAGGACAUUGAAUAGUCAGACUAAGCACGAGAAUUGAAUCUUGCUUUUGAAAUGCUGACUAAAUGUGAAGCUGGAAUUCAAAGUAAGAAGGAGAGAAGCCAAUUCCGAGAAUAUUCUUUUGUGGUCCCUGGCAGCUUAGAAUUGUUAAAAGCCAAAAAAAAAUAAAGAAGGAAAAAAGGCCGGUGGAUCCAAUGCAACUGGGCGGUGGAUACAUAAUAUUUAUAUAUAAUAUAGACAUCUCAGAUAAUCAUUAAUUUCUACAAGUGGAGUCCAAAAUGGAGUUCCUGUCUGAUGUAUCUGUGUCUAGGAUAGAGAUGGUAGUAUACAAUAACAGUGUCUCUCGUAUUGUAAAAACUGAGGGGGCGAAAAAAUAAAAAAAAAACUAUUGAUCGGAGGAUUGAUUGGCUGGAGAGGGUCCAGUGAGACACUCUUUUUAUUUUUUUGAAAAAAAA